AUGGUGGAGGAUUCAGAAGACUCAGAGGAGGAGGAAAAGAAAAAUGCUGUAUUGGUUGACAACGUUAGAGGUAUAAAAACAGCUCAUGAAACUCGAAAUAUUCUUUGCCAGCUACAAGCUUAUAAUACAUCAGAGAAAUGUGCUGUGAGAAAAGCAUUGGAAGAAGAAGAAGAUACAGUGUCAUCUUGGGAUUCAGAGUAUACCCCUGGAACUAUCCUGGAAGUAGAUGCAAGACUUUCACAUGCAUCCAAAAAUCAAAACAUAAAAGGAAGUAUUUCAUUGGAACAACAGGAAGACUUGAAAGAAAAUUCAGAAUAUAAAGGAUCACCAGACAAAAGCAAAGAAGGUUUCGAUCCAAGAUCUCUAGAACAGUUUGCCCCUGCAAUUGUCUUGGGAGUAGAUGCAAGACUUACACAUGCAUCCAAAAAUCAAAACAUAAAAGGGAGUAUUUCAUUGGGACAACACAAAGACUUGAAACAAAUAUCGGAAUUCAAAAGAUCAUCAGACAGAAGCAAAGAACAUUUUGAUGCAAGAUAUCAGGGACAGCAGGAAACAUUCAGGAGUGUUUUCAGCAGUGGACUUGCUAACUAUUUUGUUGUUUUCACUGAUCAGCAUGCUCCUGGAAGUAUUCUAGAAAGAGUGACAAGACUUAUACGUGCAUGGAGAAAUAAAAAGAUAAAAUGCAGUAUUUCUUUGGGACAACAUGAAGAGGUGGGAAAGAGUCCACUAAAAGAAGAUGAAGCUGCUGAAGCUUCAGCUGAACAAGGAAGUGGAUCUGACACUGGUUCUAAGGUUGGAGUUGUCCUAGAAAAACCAGUCCCCAAGAAGCCAUCUGAACCACCUGUACAAAAAGAGGAAGCCAAACAAAAGGUGGCAAAGAGUCCACUAAAAGAAGAUGAAGCUGCUGAAGCUUCAGCUGAACCAGGAAGUGCAUCUGACACUGGCUCUAAUGUUGGAGUUGUCCUAGAAAAACCAGUCCCCAAGAAGCCAUCUGAACCAACUGUACAAAAAGAGGAAGCCAAGCAAACUAAGAAAGGUAAGGGUUAAUAUUCUGGUUUUACUAUAAGUAGAUUAUUUGCUCAAUUUCUUACAUCCCAAUCCUCAUUAGAAUAGGUAAGCAAUAUAAAUGGUAAAUCAUGCAAUAACAAAAUUCACUGUCUGUGAUUAAUCUUCUCAGUAGACCAGAAUCUACAAGAUGUUGUGAUUUUCUCCUUUAAUCAGUGUAUCAAUUUCCAUAGAGGCUUAAAGGGACUAGAUUAGGUUGGUGUCUUAAUUGUGCCUUAAUAGACUUUUAUUUAAUUGUAAAUUCCUACUUCUUUUUUUUCAAAGUCUAAAACAUUGAAGUUUGAAUAUUGCAAUAUAAAAUCCAUAUAAAAUUAUUUUUCCUUUUUUCUCUCAUUUUGAAUUAUUAUAACUAACAUCCUUAACACAUUAACAAUCCAGCAUUCAGACAAAUAAUUCUUAAAAUGAAUUUCAAAUUCUAUCCUGGAAUUUUAUCCAUGUGUCUUAGCUACAUGUUUCCUUGAUUUAAU